UGAUUAUGCUGACAAAAGUGCACAGCGCAAGGCCGUCUCCUGCAGCGGCCACCGAGACUUGACGAGACUCCCAGCAACUCGGUUGACACGUGUGCGAAGAAUCAAAGCAAGCGGCGCUCGAAAUCGGCCCUUCAGACGCUAAAAAAGCUGCCAGAGCACGAUCGUUCGAAAUUUGCCCUGCCGUACGCCCGGCACGCCCUCAGUUCUCAUACGCCGCCGCCCCGAUUUUUAAAUCAUGUCCGUGCCCGCCGGCCAAGCCGCCCGACGCCUAGCGCCCGCCGGCGCCGCCGCUCUGGCAGGCCUGGCCGCCGGAGACCGCACUGAGGCGUUGCGCGACCGCCCGACGGAGUCCGAGGAGCCAGAGGUCCCCCUCGCGGGCUCUUGGCUCGAAAUUGGCUUGAAACCCGGAGAUGUCGACGUCGACGGCGGCCUGGAGAUCCUCGCGCCGGCCGCCGUCGAGACGAUCCCCGCCGAGGCCCUCGCGUCCGAGGCGGCCCGGCGCGCCGUCAGACUCGGCGCGGACCUCGCGCGGGACCCGGCCGUCCAGCGCGCCGUGGCGGCGCGCAUCGGAGGCGUGCCGCAACUCGAGGACGUCUCUCGCGAGGGCGAGACCGAGGCGCUGCGCGCGGUCGUCGAAGCGCUCACGGUGGAGCGCGAUGAUUUACUGCGGCAACGUUUGGAGACGCAGAGAGAAGCGCUAGGCCUCGACGUCGAGGGCCUCUCGCUCCCGCCGACGCCGCCGGAGGGCUCGGAGGGCUCGGCCGACAGUAUUGAGCAAAUGUUCUGGGGCCCGCAGCGCCGCCGCGACCGCGCGCCCGAGGAGACCGGGAACGACGACAAGGACACGGAAGAAGAAGAAGAUUUCACGUUCACCGAGCAGGCCCUCGGCGCCGCCCUGGCGGUCGCGUCGCUGGUCCUCGUCGUCUCCGUUGCGCGGGCGGCGAAGCCGGUACUGGCGCGCCGCGCUGCCCUCGUCGCGGCGGCGGCGAUCGCCGGGGUCGUCGUUGGGCUCUAGGCCUAUUCACGAGUGUACUAAGAAUAAUGCCUGUA